AUGUGCCUUCAUACUGCUCCUCGAGACUGUCGUCUUUCUGAGUUUGCUAGUUUAAUAGGCGUAAAACCACAGGAUUUGUGGCUUCCGCUACAAGCCUUUGCGGGCUCUCGUAGCCGGCCUACAACCCCUAUACGUAUCUCCGAUUCAACGCCAAUCGUUCUUCGGCACAAGGAAUCCGGCAGUCUGGUGUGCAAUCGCCGUGAAAUAUUGCUCCAACUAGGCUUCUUUAACCUUAAUGAUGUUGCCGCUCUUUCAUUGCCACCUUCUGACAUUCAGAAGGAGUACGAAUUGUUCGUUCGGUGGGAUAAGCCAACGAGAAACAAACUUAUUCCAUCAGGCUUAACGGUGCUGCAUCGUCCUCUAACGGAAAGUAUGGCUAUGGCAGAGGGCUCCGCGAUUGCGGUUAGCGCAGGACGCUCUCAUAAUUCUAAACGCACCCGAAGCUCCACGACUGAUACAGUCGACCAUAGUAGUCUCGCUCAAAUCCUCAAACAUGGAUCCGAUGAAUCCUCUAUGCUAGACCGCGCGGCCGAGGAUCUCGCGCGGCGCCUGCAGCAGGUGUUAGAAAAAAGAGGUCUGGAGGGUGGCGGGCAAUCCCAAGUGAUUAUAGACCACAUACGCAAUAAAAUCAUGCAAACCCAUGCUGAUUCACCGCCCCUGCAUCUCAUUGUUGGAGCAAACGAUUUCGCAUCGGUAGCAAAAAGUUCCUCGCUUCCUAGAGCGAACGCGCAGCGCUCAAUUCAGACGGCGGACGGUCUCUUUUGGUGGCGGCCGGAUCCUCGUGUCCUUUAUCACAUUUUCCGAGGUGCCACUUCUUCUGAGCGCGCGGAAACGACCCAGCUCAGCGACGCCUCUCGACAGCUUGCGAUUUUCUUUAUCGACGAUGUUGUUCUGCCUUCAAGGUUGAAAGAUUCUUUGAACAACAUCCAAGACUUUGAUCCCAUAGUGUGGAAGCGGUUUCGCGAAGCUAACGGCGCGGUAUCCACAGAGGAUACUCAAAUCUCUCUCCAAAAGGAACAUACUAGUAUAGAAGCUCACCUCAGUGCGAUUUCAAAAAAAAUUAAGGCAUACGCGGACCGCGGCUACCGCGUGCUCCUUUUAGAUCACUACCCCUACCUCCAUCACGGAAACGCCACUCAUUUAGAAGCGACUUUGCGCCCAAUCAGUGAUUUCUACACAAGGUAUUUUUCAGUUGUCGAUGAAAACGAAAGGGUGUGCACAAUUACCGUGGUAUUGUCGGUGAUGUCGUACAUAACGGCUCAUCAGCGACGCAGCCGAACGGCGGCUUCCUUUGUGAUUCCCAAUACGGGGCUUCUGAGCUAUUUCAUAGCCAACCUCAACGCCUCCCUGCAACCAGAUCCGGCCACAUCCUUUGUUGUAGGAUCCAGCAAUCGCAGCUCACCCUUAUUGAAUGAAUUUCAUAAGAUGUUUGCCGACUCUGCUUCCCUUAAAUAUGUCGAAGUUGCUUCCCUAUUGUGA